AAAGUUUCUAAGGUCUUGAUUUUUUAUUAUUACUUUGGUCUACGAAAAAGAAAAGUGUGAAGUAUACAUCAAGGUCAGUAAACAACUUAUGCACUGCGCGCUUACUCGAUAGCCGAAUACCGAUAAGCGAUUAGAAUAAGAUUAGUGCGACUCGAUAACAGACUGCCAGCCUCCCGGUUUCCCAUCACUAAGUGAGACCGUAUACAAAGUGCAACAACGCAAAUUGCUCCGGAGAUUUUCUGAAGGAAAUUUACAAAGGUUCUAGAAGUUCAGGAUGGGAAAGAAAAACAAGUUCAAGCCAGAAGCGGAGCAGCCGAAGCCUGCAGCCCCUGCACCAGCACCACAACAACAACAACAGCAAGGACAUCAGGCAGCACCCCGGGCAUCCACCAGUUCCGGAGCGUCUGGCUCUGGUGGCCAACAAGGCGGUGGAGGAUGGCAAAAGCAAGGCGGACAAGGAGGACAAGGAGGCCAGGGGUGGGGUGGUCAGCAAAAACCAUCCCAGGGACAGCAAGGCCAUCCCCCACUUCAGCAACAGAGGGCUCAAAGUGGCAACCAGCAGGGACAACAGGGACAGGGUGGACAAGGUGGCUACCAGCAGCGUCCACAAGGGCAACAGGGACAGGGUGGCUACGGGCAGCGUCCACAAGGACAACAGGGACAGGGUGGACAAGGUGGCUACCAGCAGCGUCCACAAGGGCAACAGGGACAGGGUGGCUACGGGCAGCGUCCACAAGGACAACAGGGACAGGGAGGACAAGGUGGCUACCAGCAGCGUCCACAAGGACAAGGAGAACCAGGUGGCUACCAGCAGCGUCAGCAAGGACAAGGAGGAACAGGUGGCUACCAGCAGCGUCAGCAAGGACAAGGAGGACAGGGAGGACCAGGUGGCUACCAGCAGCGUCAGCAAGGGCAGGGAGCCCAGCAAGGCCGUGGACCACCUCAACAGCAGCAGCCAUUGAUGCCUCAGAUACCGGGCAGCAUCAAGCGAGGAACAAUAGGCAAACCCGGUCAGGUGGCCGUUAACUAUCUGGACAUAGACAUGUCGAAAAUGCCACCUAAAGCCUACCACUACGAUGUAAAGAUCAUGCCUGAACGGCCGAAGAAGUUCUUCAGGCAGGCCUUCGAACAGUAUCGCAUAGAUCAGUUGCAGGGCGCCGUAGCCGCCUUUGAUGGCAGAGCCUCCUGCUACUCGGUAGAUAAGCUGCCACUGAAGACCCAAAACUCGGAGGUCACCGUGACAGAUCGCAAUGGUCGCACUCUAAAAUACACUGUGGAAAUAAAGGAGACUGCUGACUCGGAAGUCGAUCUGAAGUCACUGAACAAUUAUAUGACGGAGCGGAUCUUCGACAAGCCAAUGCGCGCGAUGCAGUGCAUGGAGGUGGUGAUGGCUUCGCCCUGCCACAACAAGGCCAUUCGCGCCGGUCGCUCCUUUUUUAAGAUGGCCGAACCUGGUCAGCGUCGGGAGCUAGAUGAUGGCUACGAGGCCCUGGUCGGUCUUUAUCAGGCUGUAAUGCUGGGCGACAAGCCAUUCCUAAACGUAGACAUAUCGCACAAAUCCUUUCCCAUUGCCAUGCCGGUAAUCGAGUACUUGGAGCGCUAUGGCCUAAAGGCAAAGAUUAACAACACCACCAACCUGGAUCACUCACGGCGCUACAUAGAGCCGUUCUUAAGGGGGAUAAACGUGGUUUACACACCACCGCAGUCUUUUGCGACCGCUCCAAGGGUCUACAAAGUCAAUGGACUUUCUCAGAGCCCGGCCAGCAGUCAGACUUUCGAGCAAGAGGGCAAGAAACUCACAAUCGUAGACUAUUUCAAGAGUCGCAACUUUAAGCUGCAGUUUCCCCAGCUGCAUUGUCUGCACGUCGGUCCUCCGGCUAAGAAUAUCUUGCUGCCCAUCGAACUAUGCACCAUCGAGGCAGGGCAGCCUUUAAAUCGCAAGGAUGGAGCUACCCAGGUGGCCAACAUGAUUAAGUUUGCUGCGACCUCGACGAACGAGCGAAAGGCAAAGAUUAUGCAUUUGCUGAACUUCUUCCAGCACAACUUGGAUCCGACCAUCAGUCGCUUCGGCAUCCGCAUCGCCAACAAUUUUAUUGUGGUUAGCACCCGGACCCUGAACGCACCGCAGGUGGAGUACCAGGGCAACAAAUGGUGUGGAGUUAGGAACGGAUCGUGGCGCAUGGACAACAUGAGGUUCUUGGAGCCCAAGCAGAAGGCUCACAAGUGGGCGAUAGUGUACUGUGAUCCGCCGUAUGGUCGCAAGUUGCACUUCAGCCAGGUGGGCGACUUUGAGCGUCAAAUGUUUAACCAAAGCAAGACGGUUAACGUGACCCUAGCUGACAAGGCGGAAAUUAGGACGUUUAGGGACGACCGUAACCUGGACGACGUUUUCUACGACCUGAAGCGCAGCCAGCACGAUCUAGCGUUUGUGAUCAUUCCCCAGGCCGGGGCAUCAUAUGACACCAUUAAGCAGAAGGCCGAGCUGCAGCACGGCAUUUUGACGCAGUGCAUCAAGCAGUUUACCGUCGAGCGCAAGCUCAAUCCGCAGACCAUCGGCAAUAUCCUACUCAAAGUGAAUUCCAAGCUGAAUGGCAUCAACCACAAGCUCAAGGAUGACCCAAAGCUGCCAAUGCUGAAGAACGCCAUGUACUUGGGAGCCGAUGUGACCCACCCCUCGCCCGAUCAGUGCGAGAUCCCUAGUGUGGUGGGCGUGGCAGCCUCGCACGAUCCGUACGGAGCCGCAUACAACAUGCAAUAUCGGCUUCAACGUUCGGCUUUAGAGGAGAUCGAGGACAUGGAGUCGAUCACAUUGGCGCACUUGCGCGUGUAUCAGCAGUACCGAAAGUCCUACCCGGAGCACAUUCUUUAUUACCGCGAUGGUGUGAGCGACGGCCAGUUUCCGAAGAUCAAAAACGAAGAGCUGAAGGGCAUUUAUGCAGCUUGUGCCAAGGCGGGCUGCAAGCCGAAAGUUUGCUGCGUUAUCGUGGUGAAGCGUCACCACACCCGCUUCUUCCCCAACGGGGAGCCAUCGCAGUACAACAAGUUUAACAACGUGGACCCCGGCACCGUGGUCGAUCGUACCAUCGUGCAUCCCAACGAGAUGCAGUUCUUUAUGGUCAGCCACCAGUCCAUCCAGGGCACGGCCAAGCCGACGCGCUACAAUGUGAUUGAGAACACGGGCAACUUAGACAUCGACCUGUUGCAGCAGCUGACCUACAACCUGUGUCACAUGUUCCCCCGCUGCAACCGCUCGGUUUCAUAUCCGGCUCCUGCCUACUUGGCCCACUUGGUGGCAGCACGCGGUCGCGUUUACCUCACCGGUUCCACUAGGUUCCUCGACUUGAAGAAGGAGUACGCGAAGCGCACGAUUGUGCCCGAGUUCAUGAAGACAAACCCCAUGUAUUUUGUCUAAACAAUGAGUAAACUCAUUCAAAUUUUAUAAUUUUUAUAUUUAUCACAUUUCUUAAACCAUAUUCAUAUAUAUCAUAUGUAACGGAAAACACUCUGUCGAUUGCACUAUGGGUUUCGUUUUGUGAUGUCCUGAAUUGAGGUACAUUCUCCUCUAUAGAAUUGGUUUCUGCCUAUCCAAGACAUCAGUUAGAUGGAAGAGCCCACAGCGCAAUGUGCAGAGUGUGCUCCCUACUUUGGGCAUACUAAUAAUCGUUAAAUAAAUACAAAAAUAAACUCAA